GUUUGGAGAGAAUGUUGAGUUCAAUCAAUUCAGAACGUCGAGAUGGAGCCCAACUCACUCCAGUGGGUCGGCUCACCGUGUGGGUUGCACGGACCUUAUAUUUUCUAUAAGGCUUUUCAAUUCCACCUUGAGGGCAAACCAAGAAUCUUGUCCCUUGGCGACUUUUUCUUUGUAAGAUGUACGCCAAAGGAUCCGAUUUGCAUAGCGGAGCUCCAGCUGUUGUGGGAAGAAAGGACCAGCCGGCAACUUUUAUCCAGCUCGAAACUUUAUUUCCUCCCAGAAGACACUCCCCAGGGCCGAAAUAGCGACCAUGGCGAGGAUGAGGUCAUCGCCGUCUCCGAAAAGGUGAUCGUAAAAUUAGAAGACCUGGUCAAAUGGGCGCAUUCUGAUUUCUCCAAGUGGAGGUGUGGGCUCCGAGCCACACCGGUAAAAACAGAGGCGUUUGGAAGAAAUGGACAGAAGGAGGCUCUGCUCAGGUACAGGCAGUCAACCCUCAACAGUGGACUCAACUUCAAAGACGUUCUUAAGGAGAAGGCUGAUCUUGGGGAAGAUGAGGAAGAAAGCAAUGUGAUCGUGCUCAGCUACCCUCAGUACUGCCGGUACCGGUCCAUGCUGAAGCGGAUCCAGGAUAAGCCAUCAUCCAUCCUCACGGACCAGUUUGCAUUAGCCCUGGGGGGCAUCGCAAUGGUCAGCAGAAACCCCCAGAUCCUGUACUGCCGGGAUACCUUUGAUCACCCUACUCUCAUAGAGAACGAGAGUAUAUGCGAUGAGUUCGCGCCAAAUCUUAAAGGCAGACCGCGCAAAAAGAAAACAUGUCCCCAGAGAAGAGACUCCUUCAGUGGCUCGAAGGACUCCAACAAUAACUGUGAUGGUAAAGCCAUCAGCAAGGUGAAAGGCGAGGCCAGGUCAGCCUUGACCAAGCCAAAGAAUAACCACAGCAACUGUAAAAAAGCCUCCAAUGAAGAAAAGCCGAAGCUGUCCAUCGGAGAAGAAUGCCGGGCCGAUGAACAAGCCUUCUUAGUGGCGCUUUAUAAAUACAUGAAAGAAAGAAAAACGCCCAUAGAACGAAUUCCCUACUUGGGUUUCAAACAGAUUAACCUUUGGACUAUGUUUCAAGCUGCUCAAAAACUGGGAGGAUAUGAAACAAUAACAGCCCGCCGCCAAUGGAAACAUAUUUAUGACGAGUUGGGUGGGAACCCGGGGAGCACCAGCGCGGCCACCUGCACUCGCAGACACUACGAAAGGUUAAUCCUACCAUAUGAAAGGUUUAUCAAGGGAGAAGAAGAUAAGCCUUUGCCGCCAAUCAAACCUCGGAAACAGGAGAACAAUUCGCAGGAAAACGAGAACAGAACAAAAGUGUCGGGAACCAAGCGCAUCAAACAUGAACUGCCCAAAAACAAGAAAGAAAAAGAGAACACACCAAAGCCCCAGGAUACAUCUGAGGUUUCAGCGGAGCAGGGGAGGGAGGAGGAGACGCUGAACCAGAAAAGUGUCACGGAGCCUCUCCCAGCUCCAGAGGCGAAGAAGAAGUCAGAAGGACACAAGGACAUUGCAGCGAGGGCCCCAGUGUCCAGACCCGAACCAGAAAAGGGCAGUGAAACUCACCAAGGUUCCAACAGUGAGGAGGCUGAGGAGGGGGGAGACAAGGGCCUUGCCCCUCUGCUCCCAAGCCCUCCCCUGCCUCCUGAAAGAGAGUCAGCUCCUACCCCUGGGGCUGGCAAGCAGCCCCUUGCCUCGCCCAGUGCCCAAAUGGACUCAAAGCCAGAAGCCAAACCCUGCAGCUUUACCGAGAGCUCUGAAAGUGACCUCCAAGAAGCAUCCUUUACCAGCUUCCCCGCCACCCAGCCACCACUGGCAAGCCAGCACGAGGCAGAGGAAGACAAGCUUCCUGCCAUGGCUAAUUACAUUGCCAACUGCACUGUGAAGGUGGACCAGCUGGGCAGUGACGACAUCCACACUGCCCUCAAGCAGACCCCGAAGGUCCUUGUGGUCCAAUCAUUUGAUAUGUUCAAAGACAAAGACUUGACCGGGCCCAUGAACGAGAACCAUGGACUUAAUUACACGCCCCUGCUCUACUCCCGGGGCAAUCCUGGUAUCAUGUCCCCACUGGCCAAGAAGAAGCUUUUGUCUCAGGUGAGCGGGGCCAACCUCUCCAGCAGCUACCCCUAUGGCUCCCCACCCCCUUUGAUCAGCAAAAAGAAACUGAUUGCCAGGGACGACCUGUGCUCGGGUUUGUCCCAGGCCCACCACAGCCAAAGCUCGGACCACAUGGCCGUCAGCCGGCCAUCGGUAAUCCAACACGUCCAGAGCUUCAAAAGCAAGGCCUCCGAGGAGAGAAAGAGCAUCAAUGAUAUCUUCAAGCAUGACAAACUGAGUCGGGCCGAUGCUCACCGCUGCGGUCUCUCCAAGCACCAGCUGAGCACCCUGGCCGACUCCUACGCCCUGAAACAAGAGGUCCAGGAGGGAAAGGACAAAGUGUUAGAGAAAAGAGCCGUCUCCCACGGCCACGUGCCCAGUUUCCUGGCCGACUUCUACUCUUCCCCGCAUCUCCACAGCCUCUACCGGCACACGGAACACCAUCUUCAUAACGAACAGUCGCCCAAGUACGCCUCUAGGGACAUGUACCAGGAAUCUGAAAACGGCGCUUUUCUUUCUCACAAACACCCGGAGAAGAUCCACGUCAAUCAUCUCGCCUCUCUCCAUCAGCAAGAUAAGAAGUUGGCUGCGGCGGAAGCCGCUAGAGAUGACCAACCAACAGACCUGAGCCUUCCCAAGAACCCACAGAAACUAACCAGCAAAGUCCUAGGCCUGGCCCACUCAGCCUCGGGGUCCCAGGAGAUCAAAGGCGCCUCCCAAUACCAGGUCAUCAGCGGCCAGAAUCGAGACUGUCACCCCAAAGCCUGCCGGGUGUCACCCAUGACCAUGUCGACCCCUAAAAAAUACCCCGAGUCGAUUGCAAGGUCGGGAAAACCUCACCAUGUGAGACUGGAGAGCUUCAGAAAAAUGGAAGGCAUGGUCCAUCCCAUCCUGCACCGGAAGAUGAGUCCUCAGAACAUUGGAGCUGCUCGCCCCAUAAAGCGCAGCCUGGAGGAUUUAGAUCUUGUGAUUGCCGGGAAAAAAGCCAGAGCUGUGUCUCCCUUGGACCCCUCCAAGGAGGCUUCUGGGAAAGAGAAGGCCUCUGAACAGGAGAGCGAGGGCAGCAAAGGAGCCUACGGUGGGCAUUCUGGGCCUGCGUCGGAAGGUCACAAGCUUCCGGUCUCCUCCCCCAUCUUUCCAGGUUUGUAUUCUGGUAGCCUGUGUAACUCAGGCCUCAACUCCAGGCUCCCGGCCGGGUACUCCCAUUCUCUGCAGUACUUGAAGAACCAGACGGUGCUUUCUCCUCUCAUGCAGCCCCUGGCUUUCCACUCGCUCGUGAUGCAAAGAGGAAUUUUCACAUCGCCGACCAAUUCUCAGCAGCUGUACAGACACUUGGCCGCAGCGACCCCCGUAGGAAGUUCCUACGGGGACCUGUUGCACAAUAGCAUCUACCCGUUAGCUGCUAUCAACCCUCAGGCUGCCUUUCCCCCGUCUCAGCUGUCGUCCGUACACCCCAGCACGAAACUGUAAGCCUCGCUGUGCCCAGCAACCCUCAAACUGCGGGGUCCGUGCACCCAACCCUGGAGGGCUGGCUUGCAGAGUUGGAAGUCAGUAUUCCUUCUGAUCCGGUGGUACCCUUCGUCCCAGCCAUAGAGGCCUAAAGGCCAGGUGAACAUGCCUAUCUUUUUGGGGACAACCCUAGCCUGGCUGGCCAGUUGUGACCUCCUUUCCAACACAGAUGGCCUAGGGCCUCCAGGUCAUUUCCUUUUCGAUGUUGGUCUUCUGAAGGUAUCUGUGUCUAUCCCAGAAGAACUCAGAGGACCCCUCUGAGUUUGGAUGGUAAGGAAGCAAUCUGGGCAAAAAAAAAAAAAAAAAAAAAAAAAAAAAAAAAGUGGGGCAGGCUUUUCGAAGCAUAGGGCAAAAGAGACUGGCAAGUAAUAGCCAGGGGAACGCCCCUCUUUUUCAUACAACUCACCAAGUUCAAUCAAUGCAAUGUAUAGUUAAACUUAAAGAGACCUUUCAUUCUGACACUAUUAAACAAUCCAGAGAAGUAAACACUGUUAAACUGUAUAUAUUCGCUUCUUAAAGAUACCCGUCUCACUGUCCGCUCACCUAAUUUAUACAGAUAGUUCUGUUUUCUCCUGGUUCUUUCUUGUUCCUGCCCUGGGGUAUUUUUUGGUUUGUUUAUCUGUUUGUUUGUUUGUUUGUUUUUAAUUAAACAGUAUCCCUUCUAUUUGCAGGUCUUUUUUGUUUUUUAGUAUUUUUUUGUUCUGUUUUGUUUUGUUUGCAAGGCCGACUGACUCCCCUAGUUGUUAAUGUGUAUUUUCUCAAUCCCCCCUCCCCCCACAUCUUCUUUUGAGCAGCUUUGGGUGGUCAAGUUAUUGUUUACAAAUUGAAGCAACUGAUUUUAGUGGAACAGACUGAAAAGAACCCCGCGGAGGAACACGAGCCAGCCGAAAGCCCGUGCCUUCGCGGGUCUGCGCCUUGAGGAAUCUGUUCCUCAUAAGGGGCAUAGUUGAGGGAGCUUAGACACUGCUUCUCUGGCCAAAUGCUUUGCUUUGAAGUAUUGGAUUAUGUGAAAAUAUUAAACAUUGGACUCGUGUUAUCUAGGCUGUGAACCCGUCCUGCAUACCAGAGAAAUCAUAAAACAAAAACCUUGUUGGCAAAAAGCCGCGGAAGAACAGUCUAGAGGACAUACUAGUUAGUGGGCUGUGAAGAUGCUUUAGGAAUUUCACAUCUUAAGAGCCAGGGUGACUCACGCUGGUGUUGGAACUGCACCUUUUGAAUGGUCUGGAGAAGAGGAUUGGAAAGGGAUGGUGUGUGUGUGUGUGACCAUCCAGCAGAAGAGGAGUUACCUAAGGUCUGAUCACUGGGCAUCCCAGCCAGGCCCUUGGCCCGUUUGAGUGACAGAGUUAUUGCCACCGUCAGCUAACUUCUUGAGUUUCCUAGCAAGAUUCCUCCAGGUUACAAUCUUAGAGAAGUAACUGGAUAAUCUGUUUCAAAAGAAAGCCAUCCUCCUUGGGUUUCUGGGGGGUGGCUUUGAUGAGGAUGUGUAUACAUAAGGUGGUUCGUAUCAAGUUUUUCACCACGUGGUCAUACUGUCCACUUUGGGGUAUAUAUAUAUAUAUUUUUAUUGUCACUCUUGACUCUUGAUUCCUUUUGCUCCCAAGGCACCACAUCUGCUAAGUGUAGCAAGUGGUUGCAUAGAGUGGACUCCUUUUCCCAUCUCCACCCAUCCCUGCCAAAAGCUGCUUUGAGAGGUCCCCAGCCCACCAUCCUCCUCUCCCCCAACACUACCAAUAGACUCUGGGACCAUAGUUAACCAAGUCUUUUUAUUUUUACCUCUGGCAUAUUUAAGUCUAUGAAACUUGAUGACAGUUUCCAACAUCUCUGAAUAGGUUAACUCAACUACAAAAAUAAUCGAAACCAGUGACCGUGAAACUGCGGUUCUUUCGCAAAGCCAUGCAUGCCACUCAUUUGUAUGGAAAUGUCCUCAUGAUAUGAAGCCAAAUAGUCCAUGUAGUCACUGCUAUCCAAAGGUGGAAACAAAAGAAUGUAGCGACCCAGUGUUAAGAGUUCCAUUCGCUUCAAUUAAUUAUUUACCUUCCUGUGGAAUAAUAUAUAUAUAUAUAUUAUAUUUAAUAGGACCAUAGAUAGACUAGUAUAACUUAGAUCAUAAAUGUGCACAUGCAGAUUAUUCUGCAGUUGCGCAAGAAAGAGUGUGUGUGUGUGUGUAUGUGUGAGGGGACGGGUCUCAAUUCCAGCCAGCAGAAUGCUGGCCAGGACACAGUAUGAGAAAGUUGCACUAGAUUGAAUAGUGACAGAAUCAGAAGAGGAGCAAAGGACCAGGGAUUCCGCAGCAGGCAUGGGCUGGAGCCAGACGUGGUCCCUGUGAGUUCGUUUCUCGAAGAAAAUGGGGAUGUCUGUGUGUGUCCCCCCCCCCCCCCCCGCUCCCUCACGAGCUCACCCAUUUGCAAGAUGGGGCGAUUGUUUUCCUCACUGUGGUGAGUCGAGAUGUGUUCAUCGUGUAGGAAUUCGAUCACACCAUUUUCAAACAAUGUCAACAUAGUCCAGCUAUUGUUUUUCUCAUCUCUUCCGAGAGGAGACUCGCUGUUUCUGUUGAAGGAAGCUCAGACCCUCGGCAAAAACAUCAGGACAGAAUGCAAAGAACAGAAGCGGGGUGUUAUUUAUUUUAAAACUCCAAACGGAGAUCUUGGAAAUCUUUCAAAAAGACCAUUGAAUUUUUUUCAUUGGCUGAGAAGGACGUUUUAAAAAGUCUUAAAUCAGGCUUUGUUUGCAUUGAGUUCAAGGGGCCUUAUUAUUGAAUGGCGUUGCACAAGCCUUUCUUUGUGCAAUCAAACCAUUGUUAUUGGUAGUUCUGUAAAGGAAACUGUGGAAUCCAAUUGGCACUGGAGUCAUAAAUCCAUUUACCAAGUGUGGCUUCCGAGAAAUGUUGCAAUUCAAAAUGCACUCAGCCCGAGAAUUAUUGGAGAGUUGGAGAUUCUAAAUAAUAUUUAAAAAUAUAUCAUCUCCAUGCAACUCCUGGACCUAACUUUUGGCAAUUUGGCUUAAAGAUAAAAUUAUAAAGUAAAAAUAAAAUACCAUGACAGCCCAAUCAAGCUUUAGGUUUAAAGUAUUUUUUUCCUAGUAAGUGAUUGAAACGUGUAGUGUUUGCCACAGGACUGUUUUGUUUCCUAGCUAGAAGCUCGCAAGUUUGCUGGUUCAUCAGGGCAUAUAUGGAAGGGUUUGUCCAGACUCUGUGUUGACGUCACAGCUUUGCGACCUGGUGCAUGAAUCCUCAAGUACUGUAUUUCAUUGUGUUGGUGUGUCUGAUGGAAAUGUCAAGGUGAUCCCACAGAUAUAUUUUAUGUAGUGUGCCUUCAAAGAGAACCAUUAUUUCUCUUCACUUCUUGUCCCACUGAGUCACAUUUGGUGGUGGUCAGCCACGUCCCAUGUGGUCUAGUUUGACUCUCAUUGUCCCGAGCUAAGAGAGUAACGGGAAUGAUUUUGCCCUGGUGAGACCCACACCCCUGGAGUAGUGACUUUGAGCACCUCGGCUCCAGUGUUGGUUGUUGAUGUAUUUGAUAUUCUGCUUGUCUCCCCAUGGCAGAAAGAUCUCUGCAAAAAAAUAAAAAUUAAAAAAAUAAAAAAAUAGCAGCAUAAUCUCUUGGCUGUUUAUACUUUUUUAAACUUCCCUGUGUUGUAAAUAUUGUACACUCUGAGUGACUCCGGCUAUGUAACCUCUAAGCUCUGUAAGGUGAUCAUUUGUAUAUAACAACCUGGCCCAGUGAUGUUAUAUAAUUUCCCAAUGGAGAGGUUAUUGAGUAACCUUUGCGUUAGUUUGAACACUACCAGAAGAAUGCUGAGCCAACUAUAAACACUCAAUUUUGUAUGUUUUCCAAAUUGUACUUAUUACUGCUUUUGAUACUGUAUUCCGUGCCAAUAGUUUCCCAAUCACAUAGCAGGCAAGAGAUAUUUUGUACUUUUUGAUCCACUGUAAUAUUUAAUAAAAAAUGUUACUAUCUGUU